AUGGUGGAUUCCAACUUUAAGCCUAUUCAGCUCUACACCUGGAGCACUCCCAACGGAGUCAAGGUGCACACUUUGCUGGAAGAGCUCAAGGCUGCUUAUCCCGGCUUCUCCUACGAUGCUCAUUCCCUAGACAUUCUCAGCGCCGAUGAGCCCCAAAAGAAGCCUGAUUUUCUCAAGAUCAAUCCAAACGGAAGGAUUCCUGCCAUCGUUGACCCGAAUCAUGACAAUUUCAACGUCUUUGAGUCGGCCGCGAUCUUGCUCUGGCUCGAGAAGGCGUACGAUCCCAAGCACCUGUUCAGCUGGCCCUCUAGCGACCCCAACGCUGACAAGCUCCGCAGCGAGGUGAGUCGCGUGCAAGAAAACAAAAACGUCCAUCUCUGAAGCAUCUCUCGUCCAUUACCUUACAGGUUCUCCAAUGGAUCUACUUUGUUCACGGCGGCGUCGGCCCGAUGCAAGGCCAAGCCAAUCAUUUCAGGGGUCAAGCGACAGGCGCGAGCAAGAACGUGAUCCCUUAUGCGCUCAAGCGGUGAGUGCUGGUAGCAGGAAGAUCACGCAUGCUCUUGAUGCUGAACCUUCGUAUCGCGCUCGUAUUCGACAGCUACCAAAACGAGACGAAGAGACUGUAUAGCGUUCUCGAGGAGCGACUUCAGGGUCGUGACUGGCUCGUUGGCGAAGGCAAGGGCAAAUACACGCUUGCUGACAUCAACGCCUUCGGCUGGGUUUGUGAGUAUGCUCACGCAUUGCUCUAGCUCGAAAUUUGUCGUGAGGAGAAUAAGCAGCUGUGUGCUGACGUCCACGCGUUACUUUUUCAGCUUGGCACGCAUUUGCGGGAAUCCCGCGCAGCGAUCUGGGGCCAAACCUCCAACGCUGGCUCAAGAAGUGAGUGACUGCCAGCGCCACGACGAAGGUUUACACGCUGCGACCUUGCUAAUCCUUGCCGCGUCUCCGCUUCGUAGCAACUACGACCGACCAGCUGUUCAGGCCAGUAUUCUAGUGCCCGACAACAACCAAGAGAAGGUCAAGAAGCUGUUGGACCCCAACUUUGUUGCAGAGGUGAGAGCGCUGCCUAGCCCGUCGUCAAGUCAACAUGAACACAUGGGGGCCAUGCUGACCUUUGCGAAGAAUCCGCCGCUUUCUUCUUCGCCGCGCCUUUGACAGAACCCAAAGCUGGACUGA